CUUGAUUGUUCAGAAUAUGGAAAUGGAUCUUGCCCAGAAAAUGAACGGUCCUUAGGGGUCCGAGUUGCCAUGUACUCAUUUAUGGCAGGAGCCAUAUUUAUCACAGUCUUUGGUAACCUGGCCAUGAUCAUUUCCAUUUCCUACUUUAAGCAGCUUCACACGCCGACUAACCUCCUCAUCCUCUCCAUGGCAGUCACCGACUUCCUGUUGGGAUUCACCAUCAUGCCAUACAGUAUGGUCAGGUCGGUGGAGAACUGCUGGUAUUUCGGACUUACAUUUUGCAAGAUCCAUUACAGCUUUGACCUGAUGCUUAGCAUAACGUCCAUCUUCCAUCUUUGCUCAGUGGCUGUCGAUCGGUUUUAUGCCAUCUGUCACCCUUUGCAUUACUGCGCCAAAAUGACCAUUCCAGUUGUUAAGCGGCUGCUGCUUGUCUGUUGGUCCGUCCCUGGAGCAUUCGCCUUUGGGGUAGUCUUCUCUGAGGCCUAUGCUGACGGUAUUGAAGGCUAUGACAUCUUGGUUGCUUGUUCCAGUUCCUGCCCAGUUAUGUUCAACAAGCUAUGGGGGACGACUUUGUUUGUGGCAGGUUUUUUUACUCCCAGCUCUAUGAUGGUGGGGAUUUACGGCAAAAUUUUUGCAGUAUCCAAAAAACAUGCUCGUGCGAUCGAUAACUUGCCAGAAAGUCAAAAUAAUCAAAUGAGGAAAGACAAAAAGGCUGCCAAGACUUUAGGAAUCGUGAUGGGUGUUUUCUUACUGUGUUGGUUUCCCUGUUUUUUCACCAUUCUCCUAGACCCCUUUCUGAACUUCUCUACACCCGCGAUUCUGUUUGACGCCUUAACGUGGUUUGGUUAUUUUAAUUCCACAUGUAAUCCCUUAAUUUAUGGUUUCUUCUAUCCCUGGUUUCGCAGAGCACUGAAGUACAUUUUGCUGGGUAAAAUUUUCAGCUCACAUUUCCAUAAUACUAAUCUGUUUACUCAAAAAGAAACACAAUAGACUUGGUCUCCACUAGUGUACCACAGACUGGAACUCAAAGACUGAGGAGAUUGCUUCAAGGAGCUAAUAGGGGAC